UAUAUAUAUUUAUAACUAGCAUGGAUAUUGCCAAGUAUUUAAACACUUGCCGUGUCAAUUAUUUAUUUACUCCUUUAAAAUAAAUUCAAUUAAUUACCCAAGUUGAAGAUCCAGGAUCCAACACUAAAAUUAUGUACUCAUAUAUUUUAAUUUUGUUCCUCGCAACAGUAAAUGUCUACUCCGAAUUCACCGCCGAAGAUUGUCAGUCUCUAGGAUACAACAAAGCAAAUUUAUUAUGUUCAACAUGUGACUUAUUUCAAAAAUAUAAUUUAAGUGAUCUCGAGAACAAUUGCGGAGAAUGCUGCCUCAAAGAAGAGGAUUCAAGUUCCAAACGAUACCCACGUGCAGUAUUAGAAGUAUGUACAUGUAAGUUCGGAGCGUACCCCCAGAUCCAAGCUUUCAUAAAAAGUGAUCGUCCAAAUAAAUAUAAAAAUCUUGAAAUAAAAUACGUCAGAGGUUUGGAUCCCAUGAUAAAACUCUACGACAAUGAUAACAAACUAGAAGAUAUUCUAGACAUCACCAAAUGGGACACAGACUCCGUUGAUGAAUUCUUGCAAACUCAUUUAAUAAGAGAUUAAUUUAUUAAUAAUUAAAUAAUUAGGUAAACUAUUUUUUAUUAAAACAAUAAUAAAACUGGCAGGAAGAAUACAAAAA